CGACCCUUCACCACCAAGGAAGACUGACCACCUUUCGCACUCGCCAUGCCUCCAAAGUUCGAUCCCAAUGAGGUGAAGAUCAUCCACCUGAGAACCACAGGUGGUGAGGUCGGAGCCCAAUCCGCUCUGGCUCCCAAGAUUGGUCCUCUUGGUCUUUCUCCCAAGAAGAUUGGUGAAGAUAUCGCCAAGGCCACUGGUGACUGGAAAGGUCUCCGCGUCACCGUGAAGCUCACCAUCCAGAACCGUCAGGCCCAGAUCUCCGUCGUCCCGUCUGCUUCCUCCCUUGUCAUCAAGGCCCUCAAGGAACCCCCACGGGACCGCAAGAAGGAGAAGAACAUCAAGCACUCCAAGUCCAUUCCUCUUGAUGAUAUCAUUGAGAUUGCCCGCACUAUGAGAACUCGCAGCUUCGCCAAGGAGCUCAAGGGUACUGUCCUUGAGAUUUUGGGAACUGCCUUCUCCGUUGGUUGCCAGGUUGAUGGACGAAGCCCCAAGGAUGUCAGCGAUGAUAUCAAGGCUGGUGAAAUUGAUAUCCCAUCUGAGUAAACGGUGAAUUUACGAAUACAAAGAAAAGCUGUAAUUUUUUUUUUCUCUGUGCUGGUCCAACACUAAGAUAUUCUUAUGGGCGCAAUCAUUAUGGCUUAUGGCAUACGCGGCGCUCAAGGAAUAUUUUUGAUUGCCUUUUUUAUGUGGUUUACGAGGAAUGAGCUACCACAGAAAUGCACUAUCUGACCUCCUCCAUUGAAACGGAUUUUCCGAUCUCGGCACAUCAUGUUGUCAUCAAUCACUGAUUAUCGAACAAACCCAGGCUUCCGGGUUUCGUUUCCCUCCAUUGGAACCUUUGCCACACUCUGGCCUACACCAGCCUAGCUUGAUGCUAGGCAAACGUACCUCACGGUAUGGGCUUAUUUUGACGCAAAGGAGAUCAACGUCAUGACCGACUACUCACCGCGGUAUUCUUGGGGUUGCUGUUUUUCCUUCUGGAGAAUCGGCGCUCGAAGUGGAUACAGUGGUCCAUCAUUUAUGGUCGACAUCUCGCGCUACUAAUAUGUAAUGUUUUAAUGUUAAAGCAAAGAAAAUAACUCUGGUAUCUCUUAUCAUA